CCCUUAUUGGUUAGAGUGUGAUGUUCUUGCCUGAGCAGGGAUUUGAACCCCAUUCUGCAGAUUUAGAGGUGUAGAGACUUUAAAAAGUGCAUUGGAGUGUUUGUUCCAAAUAUAAAUUACUGUAAUUUUUUUUUAGGUUUUAGGAUUAUUUUUACUUUACAUGGCUCAUAAAUACGAUAAUAAAUGAACCACUAAUAAAGAGACACUUGGGCCAAAAUAAAAAAAACGUAACCACCAUUUCAUCUGUUGUAAAAGUGGCUACUGGUCUCCUACAGUGACGCCACAAUAAUAAUGAGAGUGAGAUUUUUUGGUUGAAAGACUAAAUCCCCUUCUGAUGAUGCAUCUUGAAGGUGGGAUGAGCUUCCGUUGUAUACUUGUCUAUAGUUUUUAGCCUCUGCAUCAGUCAGUUUGUUUAUCGGGUUUGAGGGGCUCUCCCAGAACACUAACAUGACAAAUAACAGAAAAUUGAUUCAAAAUAUUCAUAUCUCUUUAAUACUAACCCUCAAAUGGCAAAAUCAUUGUGAUAAGAGUAACCUGCUUAUCUCUGUUUCUCUUUUGGUAGAACCAGAGAACAACCCUGGAGGAUGUUCAUCUGGCAUCAUAGUUCACCUUUUUUCUGCUUUAUUUUAGGCGAAAAAAUGAUCUGAGCCAAGAAAAUUCUCCUAAAGGUAUUAAGCAAAUCUGAGACGGUCAGUCGAGAGGCCUUGGGUGAUUUCAAAUAAAUUUGACCCUUCAUUUGAAUGAAUAGUACAUCUGCUAGCCUACCACUCAUAACUGCGUCCAUAGGCAUGCUGUUCUCGUAUGCAUACAGCACAAAUUCUUUGCUUUUAAAUCAGUUUAAGAGCAGGCCUUUGCUUUCACAUUGACGCACCAGGAGAUCCACUGACCCCAUAUAUGGCUUCCUAACCCACGUUAGAACAAAAGGCGCUAGUUCCAGAGGGGACAGAAUGAACAGUCGGGUGUGCGUUUGGGGGGAAUUGUUUUGACAGAAGCAUUCAGGAUCUUUCCCUGAAACAAAGCAGGAAUUAGAUGUGGACAAUGAGGAGAUUAAAGGUGUUGACGCUUGUACAGUAGAAUGGACGCAUAAUGUUCGGAAGUGGGCUGCCAAGCUGGUACGUUCCAGAGCCUAAUAUAACCUAUACAAGCAGAGAGAGGGGGCCAGAGGGGCAAAGCGACUGCACACACACAGCACCACAGCUGCUGUAGAGGGUUGGGAUCAGCUGUUCUGGGCUCCAUAAGCCCCUUUACCUCAAGAGGAGGUGAGGUUUGAAUACUUGGAGAAACACUGGAGAACUUCACCACGCAGCAACAAGCGGGUUCCCGUGCUCCCCUCUCCCACUUCCUCCGGCCUUUCUUCCGCUUCUUUGAAAUGCACCCGCAGCGGCCCCUGCCCCAGGCCAUGCCCUCCUCAUUGGGGCAGAACCUGAGGGACGCCGCUCUCGGCUUCGGCCGGGGCAAGAACCUGCUGGGAGGGAACAUCGCCUACGGGGUGAUCCAGUCUCUGAAAGAGUGCCUCUACUUUCUGCUCUGCUGCUGGUGCAUCAAAGAGAUUCUGGACUGAGGCAUGAGAGGCAGCAGGGGGGCAGGCUGGAGAAGUUAUUACAAUAGUAUUAGUUAAAAAUGCCGUCUGUAAUCCCUGGCCCCCCUGAAUCAUUCAGGGUUUCCCCACCCUGGGGUGCCUCUGACUGGAGAGAUGAGAAAUGGAGGGAUCUUUCUCACUUUGUAUGCUGUUUGCCUCUUAACAUUUUGGUUUUGGAGCCUGAUGGUGCGCUGAGGAGCCUGCUGUUGGAGUGUCCAUGACGUUUUGAAGUAGAAGAACAGCCGGACAGCAGAUGCAGUACGAUGUAGAAGUAAUGGCCUUGUCAUGUCCUUGAUUCCAAAGGGCCCUGAGCCAAAACACGAAGCACCGGUCCCUGAGGGCGAAAGGCCAGACGACCUGCAGUGAACCUGAGCUUCAGUGUAGUGCAUUAAAAUAAUGCACACAUGUGAUGUAGCUCACCGUGGUGCUUGGUUUCAAAUAAUAAAGGCAACAUUGUAAAACUGGCAUGGCUUCACAUUGUGCUUUACACAGUGUCUAAUACACACUGCACAGAAAAAAAAAUACUCAAGACUGUUUUACUGAUCAGUUUUCAAAUAUUUCAUCC